UUAUAUCUUUCAUUCUUUCUCAUUCCCUUCGCUGUGUGUCCCGAGAAACACCCUUUCUUUGAGUGAAAUUCCGAAUCCGCUUGUAGGUUCGGCUUUCAAUCUCACUCUAUCAUCUAUCUCUUCCCCCUCCCUCAUCGACUAUCCUGAUCGUGAAUUAUCAGGGCACUAUGGCUCUCAGCGUGAAGCAGAUGGCUACAAUUGUAACAGCUUUUGGCGUGGCGUCUUUCAUAUUGGGAGUUAUUGCCGAAAACAAGAAGCCUGCUGCUGGUAACGCAAUAAUUAGCAAGGGCAGUGUUAUUUGCCAGUACCCAUCUGAUCCAACUGUUUUAUUGGGAUAUCUCUCAGUAGCAUUUCUUUUUGCCUCUGCCGUGGUUGGCUACCUGUCUCUAUUUUACCCCUACAAAGGGAAAUCUGUUCCACAAGGGGUUCUGUUUAGAAGCGGUAGUUUCAUGGUAUUCUUCAACAUUGCAUUGCUUACAACUGGAUUAGCGGCAGCAUUUCUGUUGUGGCCAACAAUAACGGAACAGCUUCACUGGUCACAAAAUGUUCAUCGUAAUCCGAGCUACGACUGCCCUACAGCUAAGACUGGUCUUCUUGGUGGUGGUGCCUUUUUAUCUCUCGAUUCAUCCCUCUUUUGGCUGAUUGCUCUCAUGUUAGCGGGCAAUGUCCGGGAGGAUUUCUUUGAUGAUGGCAAUGAUGGCGAUAAGGAUGAAUUGGACAAAGUCUCCUCGGCUGAUUAUGUGGUGCAGAUGUAGGCGAUGUGGGUAUCACCUUAGGUUUAUAAAUAAAUGUAAGAGACUGGUUGCUUCUUUGUUACUUUGUUCGUUUUUCCAGUUUUAUCGCUCCUGAACUAAGGUAAAUGUAGAUAUUUUUCUUAUGGCUAUACAAGUCGGUUGCGUUUAGGGUUUCAGUU